AUACGAAUUUGGUUUUUUACCCAAAUGAUUGAAUAUAUUUUCAAUAUCAUUUGCGCUCUUUGCGGUAACGUCCAAAGAUGGGCCAGGCGACGCCGUUGGAAGCUCCGACGUCGACAAACCUGGCCUGCUCGGAGGGCAAGAAACCGCCGUAUACGUCGUCAGGUAGCUCUUGCUCGGGCAGCCGAAUGGCGACGUAUACAGGCUUCUCUUGCGGCUUAAAAACCGUG